CGAGUGUAAACCGCCAGGCACCUCACACCAAGUGUCAAAAUGCCGUAUACAACACAACAACAAUCCUGCUCUUUGUACGGGAGUUAGAAAAUCAUUAUUAAAUUAAGUUUAGUGUAACAUCUGGACGAUUUUUAAAUCUUAAAACCUAUUCUCAUACCACCAUAAGGUGUGUGCGAAGUUUCGUUGAAAAUGAUCCAGCCGAUUCAGAGGUUGCUCGCAACGAACACCGUGACACGAGAUUUAUAUAUUAUAUAAAUUUAACCGCACGUUAUCUUAUCGUAAAGCCGUCCGGCCGGGUAAAGCGGGCGGGUUUGUGUUUCCAAUUUUUUUUUGCGGCAUCUUUACCCUACAUCGCCGGCGCAUCGGUUUUAUCCGAAAUUUACGCCUUUCUUACCACCUUCCCACCUUCCGUCAUCCCCUGGUAUCUCUCUAACCGAAAAUUGGGUAAGAAAAAUGGCGCGUUCCGGCACGGACCUGGCGCAGUGUAAUAUCGACCGCUGAAACGUGAUGGCGCUCGUGGCACGCGUGAUGGAACCGAUCGUCGAAACCCGCGCCCUGAUUGGGUCGGCAGUGGAGCAACGGUGGAACGCACUGCUGGACGUCAUCGGUGACGAUCCCGAUUUUCUCUACACGUGGGGACUGACCGUGUAUGUGCACUCGUUUUUCUGGAUCGUCGGCGGGCUGUUUGUGCUGAUGGAUCUGACCAACCGGCCAGUGUUCCUUCGCCGCUACAAGACGCAACCGGGCAAGAAUGAGCCGAUCGCCUGGCCGGAUUUGCUGCGUGUCAUGCGGACCAUCCUCUUCAAUCAAACGGUCGUCGGUAUACCGCUGACGCUUGUCGGCUACCACGCAACAAUCAAGGGCAGCGUGCCGGACGUCCGCACCCUGCCGCCGGUGGACGUGAUUGUGCGCGAUCUGCUGGUGUGUGUGUUUUUUGCCGAGGUCGGGUUCUACUAUGUGCAUCGCUUCCUGCACAUUAAGCCACUGUACCGGCUGGUGCACAAGAAGCACCACGAAUGGACGGCCCCAUUCGCCUGGACCGCAAUGUACUGCCAUCCGAUCGAGCACAUCAUCAGCAACAUGGUGCCGCCAAUGAUCGGCAUACAGCUGAUGAAGGCGCACGUCUUCACUACCGCGAUUUGGUUCCCGCUCGUCAUCUUCAACACGAUACGCGACCAUUGCGGCUACCAUUUGCCAUUCUUUCCCAGCUCCGAGUACCAUGACUACCAUCAUGCGAAAUUCACGGAGUGCUUCGGGACGUUCGGGUACCUCGACUGGCUGCACGGAACAGAUACCAAGUUUCGGAAGUCGAAGCAACACCAGCGCCACCGGACACUGUGGGGCAUCAAGUCGGCACGGGAGCUGUUCCCGGACAGUUGAGUCUUCCCGCCUUCCGGCAAGAACCACAACCACAUACACAGCACCGACUGCCCUCUACUCUACACCCAAGUGCCUAGCAAUGAUAAGUAUCGAAUAAAUACGUUUGUAAGCUGA